AUGGAGUACAUCGCUCCACCUCUUGUGCACCGGGUGCUCUGCGCAGAUUGCGGCACACCCAUCGAACCCAAUUCUGCCAACCUAUGUAUCGCCUGCCUACGCAACACCGUCGACAUUACCGAGGGCAUCCCUAAACAGUCUACCGUCAACUUUUGCAGAAAUUGUGACCGCUGGCUCUCUCCGCCCGCGACAUGGACGAUUGCUGAGCCCGAAUCGCGCGAGCUGCUCGCAAUUUGCUUGAAGAAGCUGAAAGGGUUGAAUAAGAUUCGCUUGAUCGAUGCAGGAUUUAUAUGGACAGAGCCUCAUAGUAAGCGCAUUAGGGUGAAGCUCACGAUCCAGAAAGAAGUGUUCACGUCCACCAUCGUCCAACAGAUAUUUGAGGUCGAGUACGUCGUAGUCCACGGGCAAUGCCCCGACUGCACUAAGCUCGCUGCGAAGAAUACGUGGAAGGCGAUGGUUCAAGUUCGUCAAAAAGUCAAUCACAAACGCACAUUCCUCUACCUCGAGCAGCUCAUCCUCAAACACAACGCGCACCGAAAUACUAUCAGCAUCAAGGAGGCCAAGGAUGGACUGGAUUUUUUCUACGCCCAAAGGAGUCACGCAAUAAAAAUGGUCGAGUUUUUGACCGCUGUCGUCCCCGUGAAGAUGAAGAGCAGCGAACAGCUUCUCAGCACAGACAUCCACUCUGGCACUGCGAACUACAAGUUCACCUACUCGGUCGAGAUCAUCCCGAUAUGUAAAGACGACUUAGUCGUCAUACCCCCAAAACAAGCUCGAUCACUGAGCAAUAUCCAACCACUGACUAUCUGCUCACGCGUGGGCAACUCGAUCCACUUCCUCGAUCCCCAAACGCUGCAAGUAGCAGACGUGACAUCACCCGUGUACUGGCGCACACCAUUCGACGCCCUCGCCACCGUAUCCGACACCAUCGAGUUCCUCGUUCUGGACAUCGAACCAUCCGGGCCAACGCGAGGCAGAUACGUACUGGCGGACGCGCAGGUCACACCAGUGAACUCUUCACUCGGCAUGCAGGCGUCCUCUUUCGUAGGAGACGGCGAAGGGCAGGACUCGAUUUAUCACACGCGCACGCACCUCGGCGCUAUCCUUCAACCGGGUGAUACAGUCCUCGGCUACUUUCUAACCCGUGCAAAUUACAACAAUGCGACAUUCGACACCCUGGACCCAUCACAGGUCCCAGACGUCGUAUUAGUGCGCAAGACGUAUCCCAACAGGCGCAAGAAGACACGCACGCGGAACUGGCGACUCAAGAGUAUCGCCAAGGAGGCUGAAGAUCCUGCAGCAACGGGGACACAUGGGAGAGGCGCGCUGGGUCGGAUGGGUGGUGUUGACCAGCAGAAGGUCGAGAGGGACUAUGAGCUGUUCUUACGAGAGUUGGAGGAAGAUCCAGAGCUCAGAGGGAAUGUUAACCUGUACAGAGCGGAUGCGGGUGAGGCAGAGCACAAGAGAGCGGCAGAGGAGAUGGACGUGGACGGAGAAGAUGAGGAUGAGGAGGCGGACUUCCCGGAUGUGCAACUGAACGAGCUGCUCAACGACUUCGAGGAU